AUGGAUCCUAGAAAAUCGUCCCAAGCGUGGCUCCAUUUUGAGCGAAUAGAUGAUAAGCCGGACUCGGCAAAGUGUAAAAUUUGCGGAAAUGUUUCCAAAAGGGGUGGCGGUACAAAGAACUUGUUAGAUCAUCUGCAAAGAUUUCAUUGCGUGGUGCUGGAAAAUGGAGCCAUCGCAACACGUGCUGAUGGGGGCCCAGGUUUUUAUGAGGAGAACAGCCCAAAACGGAAGGCCCUCGACCGUCAUUUCCUAAGAAUGUUUGCCAUGGACUAUCAGCCGUUUCGUGUUGUGGAAGAUGAUGGAUUCGUUCAAUUUGUGAAGGCCCUUGACCCACGGUACAAAUUACCAUGUAGACAAACGAUAUCUAAUAAAUUGCUUCCUGGGCUUUACGAAGAGGUAAAAGAAGCCAUAAAAAGGAAUCUAGCGGAAGCAAAGCACGUGGCGCUAACUAUAGAUGCCUGGACUUCCAUAAGUCAAGACCCCUACUUGGCGGUAACCGCUCAUUACGUCAGAGAGGAUAAGUUGAAAGCCGCUUGCCUGGAUUGUGUUGUUCUGCCAGGCAGACACAGUGCAGAAAAUAUCAAGAAAAAGUUCUUGAAGUAA